CACUUCGAGACUUGGAGUUUGAGGUCCCAAAGUGGCCAGGGGCAAGAACCGUCACUGAGAGAAAACAUCGAACAAUUGAAGGGCGAUUUCGUAGCGGCUAAGAAACUAUGUCGUCGGUGUACGUGUUGGAGCCACCAACGAAGGGGAAGGUGAUACUGAACACGACGUAUGGACCAGUGGACAUCGAGCUCUGGCCCAAGGAGGCCCCCAAGGCCGUCAGGAACUUUGUACAGCUCUGCCUGGAAAGUUACUACGAUAACACCAUAUUUCACCGUCUCAUUAAGGGCUUCCUAGUCCAGGGCGGAGAUCCCACCGGCACUGGCACAGGAGGAGAAAGUAUUUAUGGAGGUGUGUUUCCUGAUGAGUUCCAUUCACGUCUAAGAUUCAAUCACAGAGGCUUAGUUGCAUGUGCAAAUGCUGGCUCUCCACAUUCAAAUGGUAGUCAGUUCUUUAUAUCCUUGGAUAAGUGUGAGUGGCUUGAUCGAAAGAAUACUAUCUUUGGAAAGGUUACUGGGGAUUCAAUAUAUAAUCUUCUUAGCCUUGGGGAGGUAGAAACUGAUAAAGAUGAUCGGCCUUUGGAUCCACCCCCAAGAAUAAAAUCAGUUGAGGUUUUGUGGAACCCAUUCGAAGAUAUUAUCCCAAGGGGACCUCCAAAGCCUAUCAUUCAUUCCACAACUGAUACUGAAAACAAGGACUCAAAGAAGAAAGCUGUGAAAAAGCUGAACUUGCUUUCUUUUGGAGAAGAAGCUGAAGAAGAGGAGAAGGAAUUGGUAACUUUAAAACAAAAGAUUAAGAGCAGUCAUGAUGUAUUAAAUGAUCCUCGCCUUCUUAAGGAAGAAAUUCCAAGUGCCGAAGUGAACGCUUCUGAAGCUAAAAGAACAAGGGAUAUGCAGUUAUCUGUGAGAGAAGCUCUAAGCUCAAAGAGAGAAGAGUCACUGAAGGAUGUAGAAGCUGAAGUUUAUAAUAGCGAUGAUGAGGAUGAUACCGUCUUUGAUGCAAGAAUGCGUCAGCAAAUACUUAAGAGAAGGAAGGAACUGGGAGAUCAGCCACCUAAGCAAAGGCAGAAUGGGAGCUCGAGCCCGAAAGACCGUCAGAUUGCUAAGCCAAGGUCGAAUGUUGAUUUUAGCGACGAUGACCAACCAAGGGUCGAAAAGCUAUCCUUGAAGAAAAAGGGCAUAGGAUCAGAAGCUAGAGCUCAGCGCGUGGCUAAUGCCGACGUGGACUUGCAGUUGUACACUGAUUCUCAACGCGAAAGACUAUUAACAAAACAGAAGAAACGCAGAAUCCAAGGACGUGAAGAUGAGGUUUUGGCAAAGCUUGAGAAGUUUAAGAGCGCCAUCUCUACGAAAUCAAGCAACCCAAGUAAUGUUUCUAUCGGUGGCAAUGAUGAGGAUCUAUCUGACUGGCAAACAGUGCGGUUAAAGUUUGCUUCCGGGCCAGGGAAGGAUCGUAUGUCUCGCAAUGAGGACCUGAAUGACUAUGUUGUGCAUGACCCUCUUUUGGAGAAGGGAAAAGAGAAAUUCAACCGGAUGCAAGCCAAGCAAAAGAGACGGGAUCGGGAAUGGGCUGGCAAAUCUCUUACUUGAUCUGUACUCUGCAAACUUUCAAGCUUUUGGUUUAUAUGGGAUUGAACGACUUGGUUUGACUGCUAGAAACUUGCACUGAUAUCAGCAUACAGGACCAAAAACACUGGUGGAACAUGAGGAGCAAUUUUGACUCACAACUUGUUCUUACCUCAAGCUUUACCAAGAGUGCCUUCAACAGCUAAUAGUGCAAUUCUAACUAGAUUAAGAUGGAAAUAAUCCAAAGGUCCUGUACUCAAGAGUCAAAAUGUGUAUGGAUGGAUUAUAUAGGAUUGUCGCAAAUUGCAUGAUGAAACAUAUGAAAGGUAUUGCCUCCCAACUUUCAUUCUUACUGCAUUAUUAGAUUAUGAUUGCCUGAUAAGCUUUAUAUGCAUACA